AUGUUAUUUGAAUUUUAUUAUGCUGGCAAAAUCCAGACAUUAGAUGAUGAUGAUGAUAAUAAUAGUUAUUUGAAUUUUAUUACUGGCAAAAUCCAGACAUUAGAUGAUGAUGAUAAUAAUAGUUAUUUGAAUUUUAUUACUGCUGGCAAAAUCCAGACAUUAGAUGAUGAUGAUAAUAAUAAUAGUUAUUUGAAUUUUAUUACUGCUGGCAAAAUCCAGACAUUAGAUGAUGAUGAUAAUAAUAAUAGUUAUUUGAAUUUUAUUACUGCUGGCAAAAUCCAGACAUUAGAUGAUGAUGAUAAUAAUAAUAGUUAUUUGAAUUUUAUUACUGCUGGCAAAAUCCAGACAUUAGAUGAUGAUGAUAAUAAUAAUAGUUAUUUGAAUUUUAUUACUGCUGGCAAAAUCCAGACAUUAGAUGAUGAUGAUGAUAAUAAUAGUUAUUUGAAUUUUAUUACUGCUGGCAAAAUCCAGACAUUAGAUGAUGAUGAUGAUAAUAAUAGUUAUUUGAAUUUUAUUACUGCUGGCAAAAUCCAGACAUUAGAUGAUGAUGAUGAUAAUAAUAGUUAUUUGAAUUUUAUUACUGCUGGCAAAAUCCAGACAUUUGAUGAUUUAAUAGUUAUUUGCUGGCAAAAUCCAGACAUUAGAGAUGAUGAUGAUGAUAAUAAUAGUUAUUUGAAUUUUAUUACUGCUGGCAAAAUCCAGACAUUAGAUGAUGAUGAUGAUAAUAAUAGUUAUUUGAAUUUUAUUACUGCUGGCAAAAUCCAGACAUUAGAUGAUGAUGAUGAUAAUAAUAGUUAUUUGAAUUUUAUUACUGCUGGCAAAAUCCAGACAUUAGAUGAUGAUGAUGAUAAUAAUAGUUAUUUGAAUUUUAUUACUGCUGGCAAAAUCCAGACAUUAGAUGAUGAUGAUGAUAAUAAUAGUUAUUUGAAUUUUAUUACUGCUGGCAAAAUCAGACAUUAG